AUGCAGCAAUUUCGUUCACGCAUUGCUAUUGUUCGAAAAAAUUUGAAACACGAGCAAGAAAUAAAUAUCAUUACAAAUCCACAAGAUCAAAAUAAAAACACAACACUUCGACAACAACGACAACCACAUGAUGGCACAAGUUUAAAAAUGACAAGAUUCAAUUCAAUAGAUGAUUAUCAAGCUCCAAUGACGUCGUUCACAUUGCGUCCAAAUUCCAAGUGGAAACUUGUCCGUGAAAAUUUACAUAAAAUUCGUAGCUGGAGACAAAUACAAAGAAUUGAUGAUCCAUUUCAAGAUUGGUACAUAUUUUUUCAAAUGAAACGUGAACUAAAACGAGCAGAAAAACAAAUAAAGAAUAUUGAAUAUUUAUCCAAUUUUAAACCUAUUCGCUAUUUUCCAUUAGCCAUAGAUGAAACGCAUUUUGAAAUAUAUGAUACCUCACAAGUGAAACCAACCGAUGCUAUUUUUUACUCAAGUAGUAGUGGUGAACCGAUUAUAUUACAAUAUAUGCUUUACUAUUUUGCUAAAGAAUCUUUUGUUCCUUAUAAUGGAAUAUUUCGACCUUUUUUAGGUGAUAUCUCGUCUGUUAUUAAAGCAAAUCGUAACCGUUCAAAGCGUACUCAAGUAUUACAGAAUUUGGCAUUACUAGGCUCAAUAGCAGUUUAUAUUUUAAUUGGUUUGAUGUUUUUAGUAUUGCUUAUUAAUAUUUUAAAUAUAACUUCAAAGCUUAGCGUAUUAACUAAUUCGCAACGAGAAGAGUUUUAUUCAAAUUUUUAG